UGGGUCCAAGGUUACUCCCAAAGGUGCAAAUGGAGCAUCAAGACGCAGGACUAGGGUGCAGGGAGAGCCGAGGCCUGCGAUUUGGGGCGUCACCUUUCCAGAAGCCGGAAUUCCAGCCCUGGUGGGGACACAUUCUCCUGCAGUCAGGCAGGGAGCUUGAAACGGCCUAGUUUUUAGGAGCAAAGAUAAACGGUAAGCGGCAUUUGCUUAGAGGAUCUUGAGGCAGGACUCUCAAAGAAAGCAGGAAAUUUCUCACUGUCUGAACAAGAGGGCUUGAGUAGUUCAACUUAACAUAUGCAGACUUACAUCAAAAACAGGCUUCAGAACAGCCAGGGAAGAUUAAAAAGUGCAUCUGAUCUUAAUCAACUCUAGACAUUGCAUGAGUCAAAUUUUUCCUAGCUCGCUGUUUGUUCAUCCAGCCUGAUGGGUUCCUGGCAAUGUAUCCUUCGUGACCAAAAUUCAAAAGGGGACAUUCAAGUCAGCUCCCAGGAAAGCUGCUGUGGAGCCCCAGGCAUCCAGAAGCCCAGCGAAUGGGACAAAGUCAUGGCUCAAUGUCCCACCGAUGCACGAGAGGCUUGUGGGGACGCAACGAUGCCGAGGUGUGUUUCAAGGGCACGUUGGCCAAUGUACCAUUCUUGGGUGGGAUCAUGGGCCUCCCCAGAUGUUAUCACAGUAACAAAGGAGGUGGUAGCAGAAAUAAUCUCCUGCCAGCCCCAAAAUACAAAGCAGUUUUCCUUUCAAAACCCUGGCUCACUUCCUCCCUCUGAAAGACUCACUUUUUGUAAUCCCUCUGAUGACCUCAUUGGAGCGAGCCGAGGUUAUGCAAUUAAAGCCGCCUCAUUUCUACAGUGCUUCUCACAACAGAAAACACCUCCGAAGGCAGCUCUCGCCAUCAGGAAUCCCAGCCUGAGUCCGGAGCGCUUUCAUCUUCUGAGUUUUCCUGUGGUCGGUGAAAUCGCUGCGGCCCCCACAGGGAUCUAAACAUCCACAAACAUUUUGUGCAACUUACACGUUCCUCAUCAACUUCCUUGAGAAACAGAAGGUCACUGUGGAUGGCAUCCCGGACCCUCCUGGAGUUCCAGUCCUCCAACCAGAGUCAGCUCUUGCCUCCAAAUGCCACAUCGUGUGACAACCUUCAGGAAGCCUGGGACCUGCUGCACAGAGUGUUACCAGCCUUUAUCAUCGCCAUCUGCUUCUGCGGCCUCGGGGGGAACCUCUUUGUGCUGUCGGUCUUCCUCUUGCCCCGGCGGCGCCUGAACGUGGCAGAAAUCUACCUGGCGAACCUGGCGGCCUCCGAUCUGGUGUUUGUCUUGGGCUUGCCCUUCUGGGCAGAGAACAUCUGGAACCAGUUCCACUGGCCUUUCGGAGCCCUCCUCUGCCGCGUCGUCAAUGGAGUCAUCAAGGCCAAUUUGUUCAUCAGCAUCUUCCUGGUGGUGGCCAUCAGCCAGGACCGCUACUGCGUGCUGGUGCACCCCAUGGCCAGCAGGAGGCGGCGGCGGCGGCGGCAGGCCCAGGCCAUCUGCGUGCUCAUCUGGGUCAUGGGGGGCCUCCUGAGUGUCCCCACGUUCCUACUCCGCUCCAUCAAAACUGUCCCGGAGCUGAACAUCUCUGCCUGUGUGCUGGGGCUCCCCCACGAGGCCUGGAACUUCGCGAGGAUCGUGGAGUUGAACGUGCUGGCCUUCCUCCUGCCGCUGGCUGCCAUCGUCUUCUUCAACUACCACAUCCUGGCCUCUCUGAGAGUGCAGACAGAGGUCAGCAGGACGAGGCACGGGGGCCCCACGGAUGGCAAGACCACGGUGCUCAUCCUCGUGCUCGUGGCUACCUUCCUGGUCUGCUGGACCCCUUACCACCUCUUCGCAUUCCUAGAAUUCCUGUUCCAGGUGCGGGCUGUCCGAGGCUGCUUCUGGGAGAACUUCAUCGACCUGGGCCUGCAGUGCGCCAACUUCUUUGCUUUCAUCAACAGCUGCCUGAAUCCAGUGAUUUAUGUCUUUGUGGGCCAGCUUUUCAGGACCAAGGUGUGGGAACUUUAUAAACAAUGCACCCCUAGAAGUCUUACUCCGAUGUCCUCAUCCCGCAGGAAAGAAAUCCUCCAACUUUUCUGGCGGAAUUAAACAGCAGUGAGCCAAGAUGCUUGGCUUCCUUAUCAGUUAUUUCUGAUGCAAUAAAUACUAUGGUGGUAGGCUGAAUAAGGGCCCCCCCAGAUAAGCAGGACGUAGUCCCUGGAAACUGUGAAUUUAUUUUUGGUAAUGGAGACUUUGCAGGUGCAAUUAAACUAAGGAUCUUGCAAUAGGGAGAUUAUCCUGGAUUAGCUGGGUGGGCCCAAUGUAAUCGCAAAGACCUUUAUAAAAGGGAAGCAGAAAUGGCGGAGUCAGAGAAGGCCAUGUGACAACAGAAGCAUGAGGUUGGAGCGAUGCAAGGAAGGCACCCCCUAGAGGCUGGAAAAGGCAAGGAAAUGGAUUCUCCUCCGGAGCCUGCGGAAGGAACCAGCCCUGCUCGCAUCUUGGCUUUAGUGCAGCGAGAUUGAUUUGGGAUGUCUGUCCUCCAGAGCCAUACAUAAUAAAUUUGUGUUGUCUUAAGUCAUAAAGUCUGUAGUCAUUUGUUACAGCAGCAACAGGAAACUAAUACACAUUUCCAGUAAGGGUCUCUUCUCACAUUUCCACUUGCCUGUCCAAAAUUUUCUAGGUUAACUGCUGGGAAUACAGAGAUGAUAAAGCUAAAGAUCCUAACCAAAAGGAAUUUACAUAGAUCUAAAUAAUUAUAGUGUCAAAAAAGAAAGUGAUAAAUCGCAUGAGCACGCCACAGAUCCUGUACCCUGAGUAUUCAGAGGGAAAGAGGAUGGGGUCCUGCUGGGGUAUCAGGACAGCCGUUGUGAAGGGAGUAAACUGUGAGCUGAGUUUUACACCGUAGAAUCUGGAUACGUGGAGAGGGAGGAAGUGCUGGUGGAGACAUCAUCGAGACACACAGGUAGAAAAGUGUGGGUCCCCACGGAAGAAUAUCUACCGAACACCGAAUGCAUCGGCUCUCUUCUUGCUACCAGGAGCCCAAUGGUGAACCUGGAAAGUCUGCCUUCAAGGAGCUCGUGGCAACAGGGACAACAAUUAGGAGAGUGUCACAGGGCGGUUUGGGGAGAACGGAGAUGUUCAGAGGAUCUACGAUGGUCCAGGGCAGGGAGGGAAGCCCAGAGGUGUCCAGUGGGCUGUGAGGGCCUGCUGAAGCUAGAAAGCAUGGAUUUCUUGUGUGAAUGGCUCUAGCGAUGCUCAGCAGGCCCCCAAAAGGCAGGAAUGACCCUUUGGUCAGUGCUCCAGCCCUGUAGGUUUCCUGGAGAGCAGACUAUGGUUUGGACGGCCUGGAUUUAGGUCAACAAGCAGGAUCCAGUCUGCACACGUGGUUCAUUUGGUCCACAGAGUGUUUCAAUGUUUUUAAGUUGGUUACCAAUAUUUAAAUUCCACGUGAGAAUCCCGUGAAUAUUUGGAAGCUCUAGCAACUCUGAGUCUGCGUUCGUUCCUUCAGCUGACAUUUAUCAACCAUCUGCUUUGUGCCAGGCACUGUUGCAGGCAGGAGAACACAGCUGGCAGUAACACAGAGGAACAUCCGGGUCCUCUUGGAGUUGACCUGCUGCCCACCCCCAGGGCACCAGGACAGCCUAUACCCAGGGCAGAGGCUGGAGUCACCCGGCUUGCUCGCCUCCAACGCCAGUGCAAUUCCUGAGCUCCCGGAGGGCGGGAGACGGUGAGCAGAGGCCCUGCAGUGAAGCCGCGAGUACAGGCAGGAAUCUCAGGCAGGAACAGAGACUCGGAAAGAGAAAAUAAUGCCCAGUCCUCCUCUGCUGAGAGUGAACUGACCCGAAUAGGCCCUAUCUCCUCCUUUCUCAGCCCCUGCACUAAACCUGCAGCUCAGAAAAAUUCCUUUCUACGGGUUCCUACAUUCCAGAAGAGCGUGCUGCCUGAGAAAUCAGAGCAUUGCUCGUGGCCUGCAGUUCAAUGGUAGAGUAAGACCAUCACUGGGACCUCUGAGAAGCCAGACGCCUGACGGAUGGAAUGCACGUAACACUCACCGAGGCCCAGCGCACAGCCCGGCCGCGGGACGGAAACCGCAGACCCCACAGUCAGGACUCUGGUGCCCUUCUCUUGGGAAGGUCAAUUAUUCAUCUGCAGAGGGAGGAACUCCUGCCUUGGUUAACAGGAUCAGUGCUGUGGGAGAAGUUACUAUUUGUGAGUCCCCCUGGAUCUGGCUGGACCCGGAGUAUUUCACGCCUGGGUCCAGGCCCGAGCCUCACCUUGUGGGGCUAACGCCUGGAGUGGAAGGAUGAGUUAGCAAACGGUCUUCCAGCAUCCCUGGCUCCAGCACCCACAUGGGCUCCCGCUUUCUCUCUGAGAAGGGCCAAGAAGCUUCUUCUCCAAUCCUCCUCCAGCUUGGGGCCUUUCGUGUGAGGCCACGACUGCCCACUGCCUUCCCUCCCAGCAUCAGUGGCCCAUCCAUCAUGGGCCCUGAGUGGCGCCAAGUACCCACACAGCCCAGCCUGGGGGAUGCCUGGGUGUUGCAAUGGACACAGGCAAUUUCUUGUUCUCCGGAGAUGAAUCACGAGCUUGAUGAGGAGCAGGUGGGAAGUUUUCUCCCAUGAGCUACAAGAGGCUUUAAACAUCAUCGAAAUGAGUGUGUGCCAAACUGGUACAAUCCGAAUAAAAUCUGGAAAGUUCUAUCGAUGUCAAUUUCCCUGCUGUGAUAUCGUACCAUAUUUAUGCAAGAUGUUACCGUUGGAGGAAACUGCAUAAAGAGUACAAGGGAUCUUUCUGUAAAUCAAAGAAAAAGUCUAAAAAAGAAACUAGCAAGUCCAACCCCUCAUUUUACAGAUAAGGAAAAUGAGGCCCAGAGAUGGGCAGACACGUGCCCAAGGUCACCCAGUGAGCUGGACUCCUGGUGCAGGGCUCUGCCCAGACCCAGGGAUGCCCAUGAGGCUGUGAGGUCAGAGAAGAGGCCUGAGUGCCAGGGAUCCCACCAUGUGAGUCACCUUGAUGGUGGCAGAUGGUGGCCGGGGUUGGUUCAGGCAGGGAGCAGAGAGCCAGGCCUACUUUCCCGGAGCUUCAGGGGACAGAAAUGUAUCAGAAGGGUCAGUAGGGGCUCAGCAAGUAGGAGGGGAAGACGCUUCAGGGUUUUAGUUGACAGGGAGCUCAGUGUGCUGUGGCUGUCAAAAUAGCUGCUAGGCUCUGGGGCUAUAUUAAUAGGAGUAUUACAUCUAAAAUGAGGGAGGAGAUAUCCUAUUUAGCUUAAUAAUCAACAGAGUACAUGAGGAGUAUUGUGUCCAGCUCUUGGGUGAUUCAGAAGAAGGGAUCAGACUGAUGAAGGGACUCAAUAUCAUACCCUCUGUGACACUGUGAGGCCUGACAGGGCUUCCCUGAAGAAGAUAAGGCUUGUGGGGAGAGGAGAACAAAUGUAUUUAGUGUGACCCCAGUAAGACCAAAGGCAAAAACUUCUGGCCCAAUCUGAGGAAGAGCUUUCUGAUAUGCAGAACUGUCCAUGAUAGCUGUCCCCUGAUAGACCUGGAAUAACAGUGGGUCUCCUGUCACCAGAGGUGUCCCAGCAAAGUGGCAGGGGACAGGACGUUGCAACGAGGACCCCAGACGCAUCUGUAGCACCCCCAGCCUCGAGGAGCUUGCUGCGUGCAGGGGAGGCAGAUGAGAAGAGGUCACUCCUCAGGACGAGAUGCGUAAUCAUGGGGUCACAUGCACCUGGGAGGGGUCCGAGCAGGAAGGGGGUACAGGGGAGGGAACCCCGACCUGGUCUUGGUGGUAAGUAGGACAAUGAGGGUGUUGGCCACCUGCAGCCUUUGCCUCACUCAGGUUCUCAGCUGAUGACACCAAGGGCUGGGAGAAUUAUAGCAAGGCCGAGAGGUCAAAGUCCCCUCUAGGCCACGAGUGUCAGUGGAGACUCUAAACAGGGGAGUGAAGUUUGAGAGCGAUCGCUCCACUGGAGUAUGGAGGAUGGAUAGCAGGGUGUAUAAGUCACCUGCUGCUGCAUAACAAAACGCCCAAAAAACGAACGAUUUAAAGCAACCUCCUUAGCUCAGGGUUCUGCAGCCUUGGGCUGGGUUGGCUGAGCGCUUCUCCCGCUGGUCUUGGCUGCGUUGACUAGUGUCUCUGUGAUCAGCAGCCAGUCAUCCUUGGCUCUGCUUCUGGGGGUUGAGCGGGAGGGUGCAGAGGUGCAGAGCCGACCUCAGAUGGAGUUAGAAACCAUCGAUGGGUUAGGCGUAAUGGUGGGAGGCUGGGAGCACCCCAACCCCGACCUCCCAAACUGAGAGCGAAUCAGAGCGGCUGAUUCGUCCCCUGCUCUGACUACGCUUAUCCAGCGUCCAGUACGUGGCAGGCACGGUGCGAGGCACGGGGGUGCAGAGUAAAAGGAGACAGUUUCCUCGCUUCUGAGACUUCACAGGACAUGGAAAAGACCCUCUGGGGCAGCCUGCUCAUUUUAUAGAUGGAAAACCUGAGGCCCAGAAUGAUCCACGCUGUUGCACAAGGACACCAUCAGCAUGAGAUCUGGACCAGGCGCCGGCUCUUCUGCUCUGUUGAGUCCUCCAGCCUGUACACAGGCUCCCGGAAAACGCUUGCUGAGAACGUCUUGUCUUUUGACGGGGGCAGGAGACGCCUCCUCACCCUCAAGAGAAACAGUAUUGCUGCUCAGCGAUCGUCCCAAUUCCCCCGUCCUUCUGGGAAAUGGGGGGAUUGAAUUUCCUCACACCAUGCAGGCCAAGGGUGGCCUUCUCAUUCCUUUGGCCAAUGCGAGGGGACUUGUCUGCCACUUCCAGGCAGAAGCAUCUAAGAACACAGUCUCCCAUGCUCUCUCUUCCUCUGCUGUGGCAAACCCUGAAGCCUUGUGUUAAGACGGUGGUGUCAUUAAAAUGUAGAGACCCCAUCAGCCUGGAACCCGAGUGACUAGACGAGCAGAGUCCCCUGAAGACCUGCAUUAAACAUGCAGUGUGUGUGAGAAAUCAGCCUUUGUUGGUUUAAGCCACAGAGAGUAAGGGGAUGUUUGUUAUGGCAGCAGAACCUAGCCUAUCCUGACUGAUGCACCUGGUUUCAGUGAGGAGGGGCUGCUCCCUAAACGCUGGGCCUCUUGCUCACCCCUGACUUGUCUCUAUGGAUGAAAAGCGACUUAUCUGAUUGACCAGCUUCCAAAAGAGAAUUGAGCCUGAGGAGCUCAGUUCCUUCCUGCAUCCUCGCUCCUGGAGGAGGCCCUGUCUCCAGACUCGGGUCUUCUCUCAGCCAUGAGCAUUGUCCUCGGCUAAGACGAAGCUGCCACAGAGAAGCCUCGUGAAAGAGUUGGGAGACUGAGGAUUUUUCCAAAGCGUUCCCACGAGCACAGGGUCAGAUUUUGCGCAGGCUGGGAUGCGCCCCGGGGCUUUGCAGGGCUGACGGCUGAACCAACGUUGCUCAGGAAGAGAGCGGGCGACCCCUGCUGGUGUUGAAGAGGGUUGCUCUUUCCCCAGAAGAUUCUGCACAAAUUUUCAAAGCAAGCCCUUUAAAUGGAUUACAACAGACCUGAUUCAAAGCGUUAACAGAACGUGGAAAUGUGAAAAGGCAGCGAUUUCUCUUGAACAGGGUUUUUCAAAGAUCUUUUCCUUUUUUAAGUAUGAACCUUGCUGGUGGGUACAACUUCUACAAGAGGGCAAUUGGCAAUAGCCACCCAAACUUUAAAUGGGUGCCACAUACCAUUGACUCGCUGUUUCCCCUUGUGGUGCCCUGUCUAACGGAUAAACCACUGUGAAGCCGAGGGGCAGAGAAGCUCCGUGACUCGCCCCGGGGGAAUCUUUGGGGUGGACAGUCAGCUAAAAUUCCAGUUCAGCAAAUAGGACACACAAAGGCAAGAAGACAGCUUUCAACAUGAAAUCUGGCACACAGCAAGACUACAUUACCCAGGAGCCCUUGAAGGAUCACGUGACAGAAUUCUGACCAAUAGAAGGGGGGGCAAAAGUGAGAGCUCCUAGGCCUGGCCAUAAAAGUGGUCCUCCUCUCUCCCCAGUGCAGUGAUCCCCGUGGAGGAUUCUGAGGCUCCGGGACAGGAAGAGACACAAGAUGGAAGGAGCCUGGGUUCCCCCAUCACCACUUGCAGGAGCGCUGCCAGAUAUUCAGGAGCACCGCCUGGACUUUACAUGAAUGAGAAACAAACUUCUUUUUGUUAAGCUGCUGGGAUUUGGGGGUUUAUCUGUCAUUAGUGACUAGUGUUCCUUAACUAGUACAUUGUGUGGCUUUGGAUAGAUCACUUAA